AUGGUCAAACCAUCUCAGCCCAUGAUGGCGCGUUUGCGCCUUACAACGAAACAAGUCAAUGGAGGGUACUACAAGGGAACCCGGUCCGGUUCUAUGGGGUUUUUUGCGAAGAACGGCUCCUACGUGAUCGACUGGAAGAAAGUGCGGACAUACGUUGUCCCUGAAAAGCUCAAGGACUUCAAACUUACUCCUUUUGUCACCAAAGCGAUGCCCCCGACACGGAGCAAAUACACGAAGGACAUCGAAAAAAACGGAAGGACGAUUACUGUCGAACGCGCAUUUGACGGAAAGGACUAUCUCAAGUUGUGGAUGCUAGACAAUGGGCAGGAAGUCUUGGAGUGCGAGCGACUCGAGCGAGAGGGAGGACCAGACACCAAGAUUCCGCUGAAAAAGGACUCGUGA